CAAUUAGAGUACUUACUGACUAGUAUACAUAUACACAUCUACGACCCCCCACCCUGCAGUACUACUAGACCAAUCCCCAUUAUCAAAAUCUUUCUUAACUGAAUAUAUUUGAAGUAAAAGCAAAGAAAACUCAACCAUAUAGCACUCAUGAUCAUGACGAUCCAAUAAUAAUAAUAAUAAUAUUGUCGUACGUCUCAUAUCUCUCCGGCCUUUCCAUAUCUUUCACCUCACAAAAAGAAUAAUACUUCCAACACCAUGGAAACAACACCAAAAUUAUCAUCACCAGCCAUGGAAUAUCACUCAUCCAACGUGGAUUCAUCACGCCCGUUUCGUUCCGUCAAAGAAGCCGUAGCCAUCUUCGGCGAGCGAUUCUUGGCUAAAGAAAUCUAUUCUCCGAAACCUUUUACGUUUCCAACACCAGAAAGUCCAUGGAAUAAUAACAAUUAUAGUACUACAAAUUACUCUCCUCGAAGUGCUAAUUCACAAGAAAUUGUUACAAGUGCGAUGUCAUGGAAAUCUGCUUCAUCGCCAAGUCCUCAAGAUUUGAAUAACAAUGAUAAUCCUAUUGUUGUGGAAGCACUGAAGAAGCUAGAAAGUGAGCUGGAAGAAACAAAGACAGAAUUGAAGCUUCUGAAAGAAAGAGAAUCCGAAACUGAAAUCGCGUUAGCUUCUUUAAAUGCGGAGCUUCACAAGAACAUGUCCAAAUUGGCACAAGCAGAAGCAGCUCAUGCAGGUGCAAUAGCGGCGUCAAAAUCAAUGAAACUCAACAAUGAAGAUUAUGGUAAUAUGAAAAAGGAAAUGAGAGUGAAAUGGGAAUCACCACCAACAUUAGCAGAGAUGAUAACUAUUGAAGACACAGAUCUUGGUUUGCUUGGGAAGAAAAAGGAAAAGAAGAAGAAUAUGAAGAAGAAGCCCAUUAUUCCACUUGUAGGAGACUUGUUUUCAAGGAAAAAAAGAUCUUCUACCAGUGUUGAUAAUCCACUUUUUGCUUCUUCUCAUCUCUUCAAUUGAAAAAAAAAAAGAGGAUGAAAGAUAAUAAGAACUACAUUAACUAUUACUGCUUGAUGUAACUUAAUUUUUUCUCUUUUUUUUUUUUUUUUUGAUUUUUCAUUGAGAUUGAGUGUGUUGAUCGUGAAGAAACACCAUCAUGAUCUUUUUAAUUCGUGUGUAUGUAUAAUGGUGCUAGUUUUCUUUUCCCCCUCUCAAAGUUUUUCACUAUUUUUUUGUGUCAACUAUCCCAAUUAAUUACCUUGUUCUAGAAGGAGUUUUAUUUCGUUUGUUC